AGUGAUUUAUUCCGCCUCAUGUUUCCUGACAGUUCAAUAGCUAGCAAGUUUUCACUCAGCGAAACUAAGGCAAGAUAUAUCAUCACUUUCGGCUUGGGAUCUUGCUUUUUGGAUAUGCUGAAGCAAAGUGCUCACGCUGCUGAUAACUUUGUGCUGCUUUUCGACGAGUCACUUAAUGGAGAACUUCAAAAGAAGCAGCUAGACAUGCAUGUUCGCUUCUGGAGCGAUGGUGUGGUUUCAAGUCGCUACUUUGGAUCGUCCUUCAUGGGUCAUGCCACAGCAGAAGACCUAGAAAGCCAGAUUAUGAAACAGCUUGAAGUCCUUGAGCUAAAGAAAGUUCUGCAGCUGUCCAUGGAUGGACAAAAUGUGAACCACAAGCUGCACAAUCUCAUUGAUAACCAGAUGAAGAAUGACCAUGGAUGUUCUUUGCUGAACGUUGGCUCGUGUGGAUUGCACACAGUCCACAAUGCCUUCAAGGCAGGACAUGCUGCUUCUGGGUGGGACUUGGACAAGUGGAUGUCAUCAAUGCAUUGGCUCUUCCAUGAUUCGCCAGCCCGCAGAGAAGAUUUGCUGAAGUAUACUGGAGCCGAGUAUUUUCCUGCACAUUUCUGUGGACACAGAUGGCUGGAAAAUAUGCCUGUAGCGGAGAGAGCUUUGGAGCUGUGGCCAAACAUCAAGGAAUUCAUUCAUGCAGUCAAGGGAGGAAAGGUCCCAUAUCCAAAGAAUCGAUCUUUCAAGACAUUGCAGGAGUGUGCUGAAGAUCCCCUGUUUGAGGCCAAGGUGCAUGCCUUCAUCUCUGUGGCCAGGGUGGUGACACCUUUCCUGCGCAAGUUCCAAUCAGAUGCCCCACUGCUGCCGUACCUUUGCUCUGACCUGCAGUCCAUGAUUAAGAGGCUCCUUGCAAGAUUCAUUACUCCAGACACUUUGGAUGGCCUGGGCACCAUGGCAAAACUGGCUUCAUUGAAUCUGACUGACAAAAGCUUUUUACUUUCCCUCAAUAAGGUUGAUGUUGGUUACAUGGCCAGGACCGUGAUAAAAAAACAGCUUGCAGACAAGAAAGCAAGUGCACUGCAAGUUCUCACUUUCAAGACACAAGCGCGGGACUUCAUGCAGGCUGUAGUCCAAAAGCUACUGACAAGAGCCCUAUCAGGUAUGUCCUUGGUAGGAACCUGAGAUGGCUGGUGCCAGAAGUCUUCAUCAAGAAGGACUGUAAGGAAGCCAACAAGACACAGUUGAAGAAAAUUUGCUUGUUGAUGCCAAGAGAUUCCCUAACACAGAGGUGGAUGGUGUAGUGGAUGAGAUGUGCAACUUUAGAGAUGAAUCACAACAUUGCAGUGAA